UGCCGCGCGGGGCGGUGGUUGGAGGCGGCCGUUGAGGGCUGUGCUUGUGUGGGGAGGAGAAGGUUGUACCCAUUUCGUAGAAGCUGCUGACCGCUCGCCAACAUGGUAGUUUUCACAUGCAGUGCGUGUGGAGAAUCUGUGAAGAAAGCACAAGUUGAAAAACAUGUGAACGUAUGCAGAAACUGUCAGUGCCUUUCUUGCAUGGAUUGUGGCAAGGAUUUCUGGGGUGACGAUUAUAAGGAACAUGUGAAGUGCGUAAGUGAAGACCAGAAAUACGGUGGAAAAGAUUUUGAAGCCAAAACUAACAAAGGAGAUGUUAAACAACAGGAGUGGAUUCAGAAAAUUCAUGAAGUAAUGAAGAAGCCAAACAUAAGCCCUAAAGUGAGGAACAUUCUGGAGCAAAUGCGUGUCUUUGAUAAUAUUCCAAGAAAAAAAGUAAAGUUUCAGAAUUGGAUGAAGAACAGUUUAAGAAUUACUGACAGCACUUUGCAAGACCAGGUGUGGGAUAUUUUCUCUGAAGCAACCAGAAAUAUUUCAAGGGAAAAAGAACAAGACAAACCACAACAGAAGGAAGAGGGGCAGUCUGCAGAAACUGGGGAAAAAACAAUGGCAGAAGAAAAUGGAAUGACAGAUGAUAAAAUUGAGAGGAAGAAGAGUAAGAGAGAACGAAAAGAAGAGAGACAAAAGAACACAAAGAAGGAGAAAAAAGACUUGAAAUUAGAAAACCAGUCAGAAGUAAAAAAGAGUAAAAAGUCCAAAAAAGGAAAGGAGAGCUUGGAGAAUGAAUCUGAAAUAAAUGGAAAUGGCCAUCAGAAAGAAAUAGAAGAGGAAACAAAUGUAAAGAAACGCAAACAUAAACAUGUAGAAGAGGAACCGCAUAUCACAACAAAGAGAACGAAAACUGAAAGCAUUUCAGAAGACAUGGAAACAGGGAACACCAAUGGCAACGAAGAAAAUGUGGGAACAGACAAAGGUAAAUUCAACUGGAAGGGAACCAUCAAAGCUGUUCUGAAACAGGCUCCAGACAACGAAAUUUCAAUUAAAAAACUAAGAAAAAAGGUUAUAGCUCAGUAUUACGCAGUAGCUGGGGAACAUCACAAAUCAGAAGAGGAUAUUCUAGUCAUAUUCAACAAGAAAGUGAAUAACAAUCCCAAAUUUAAAGUUUUAAAGGACAAAGUUAAACUCCUGAAAUAAGAGUUUGCAUACAUUUCAUAACCUUUGCAUUUUAAUCUUGCAGACUGAGUCAAAUUCUUCUGUCGGCUGUAAAAAUAUAAUGCAUUGGUCUCAAUUUAAAUUGUGAGAGCAGAAUUUAACUUUUAAGACUGAAUUCCUCCUCUUUUUCAAGAUUUAUUACAGAACAUUUUCAGAUAUUUUAUUUUUUGAUUUUAUGGAAAAUGUAUAUUUUUUGGUACAAGUCUACUGUAUUAAAAUUAUUCCAGCAAUGUAUAUUUAUAGUCAUGAAUGUUUAUCAGGACCUGGGGUGGCCUUUUGGGGUGGCCUUUUGCAGAAACUAUUGUAAGAGCAAAUAGGAUUUUCAUAUUCAAAAACCCACCAUGGAAUAAAUGUUUUGUUAUGCUAAAAUUCAAAAUUACAUGACUGAUGUUCCCUUUAUGCACUAUAGCAGGCUUUAAUAACCUGCUAAUUUUGUGUUGUAAAAUGCAUAAUUAAAGUGUCUGUCAAGUUUGUGUACGUAAUAUUGCACAUUCAGUGAAAAUCUAAAGGGUGAGUUACCUGUAUACGCAUAGCUACUCAAUGUUUUAAUUAGUAAUGCAACUCACUUCAAUAUAAAUGGUCACAUGGACUAAAAAUUGACUGAUGAAAUAAAUUAAUUUUAAACACCUCCUUAAAUAUAAUAAAUCUUGCCACUUUGAUUGUAUAAUAAAUCCAAAAAUUAUGCAAAAUUUGAAGAGGCUGUUAUAUUGCCGUCACCGAAACAAUUUAGGCAAGCCAGAAAACUUACACAUAUGUAAGAGGCAGAGUUGCCUGGCGAAAACUGCUUGAAGUUUAUAGGGUUUUAAUCAAAUGCAAAAUACUUCCAGAUAGGGAGUUUCCUACCAUGAAGUAAUCUGUUAAAAACAGUGGUAGAAGGCCAGUGAAAAUUUCUUGCCAUAGAUAGUAUGGUGUUUUGGAAAAUUACGUAGUGAUUUAAAGGAAAUACAAUUUUAUAAAACUCCGUAAUUAAAAUAUCUGAAUUUAUAGAAAUACUGACUAUAUUAAAAGUAUAAAUAUGAAAAA